UGGUCCUUGGAUAUUAUGUUUUUAAAAAAAUUUUCUUAAAAGUAGGCUCUAGUUUAAUGUACCAUGAAUCAGAGCUAUAGUAAAUCGCUUGAUUUCAGGGCUGAAUUAUUCAUUUCAGAAAAUCUGAGAAGCAAGGGACAUCAUGAAGCUGCCAGUAGUUCUCAUUGUGCUCUCUGUUGCAUUAAACCACUUGGAAGCUACCAUUGAAAGUCAUCAGAUGGAAAAACGGACAUGCAACACUGCCACUUCUACGACUCGACGCCUGGCAAACUUUUUAGUUAUUCCAGUAUGAUGCCAUUCCAGUAUGAAGCUUGACGCCGUUUUCUCACCUACCAAUGUGGGAUCCAAUACAUAUGGCAAGGGGAAUACAGUUGAGAUUUUAAAAAGAGAACCACUGAAUUACUUACCCCUUUAGAGCUCAGUGCACCUCUACAGUUCUUCUUGUUUUAUGCAUAAAUACUCUAGUGAUUUCCUGUAUAAUUUAACAGUAUCUUUUUUCAUUUCUAGAGUGAAAUUAUGAAUCUGCGUGUUCCAUGUUUGUUGCCAGUACAUAUAAAUUGUCAUGCUAAGAAAUGUUUUAAAGUUAAUACUAAUUAAGAUCAUAUAAU